AUGGACCAGAUCUACGAAGACGCAGAACUCAGUAUCAUCGCCAUCGGCGCCAAAGACCCAAGCUACGGGCUGCCGGGCUUGUCUCUCGGGCGAACACAACACAGUCCCAUUACCAAAACGAUUGGCCAGCAGAAGAUCGUCACCAACUUUAGCCACCAGUGGCAACUUGAUCAGAUCUCGAGAUCAAAGUGGUCGACGCGGGGUUGGACGUUUCAAGAGACGUGUCUCUCCAGGAGAAGACUCUACUUCUCCAACUACGAGGUCUCAUUCGAGUGCCACGAUAUGAUGUGCUUCGAACAUCUCACGCGUCCUCUUGCCUUGCAAGGGAAUUUGGAGCACCAUGAGAGGCCCGAAUGGACUCUUCUCAAUACUCCAGACGGUAUCUGGGCGAUAUUCCAGAAGUACUGCGAUCGUCAGCUCAGAUUCUCAAGCGACAGGCUGGCCGCUGUAUCCGGAGUUUUGAAGAAGUGGUCGCGAGUGAACCCAGGGUGCUUUUCGUACUGGGGCAUUCCGAUAGUCGCCUCCGGCUGGCCCGUGGUAGACGCCACUGCCUCGAAACGCGCUUUUCUCGCCGGACUCCAAUGGGAGAUCCGACCUGAAGGAAAGAACUAUGCGAGGCUGGGAGCCUUCCCAAGCUGGUCGUGGGUAUCUCAGAACGGGAAGACGCUAUUUGGCCAUCAAGGCUACUUUCACCUGAGACCCCCCAAGUUAGUGGAACUAACGGACAAGUUCGACGCGGAGGUUUGGGUGGAAACACCUCAGGGCGAUAUCAUAAAAUGGGCUAAAUUUUAUGAAUCUGGCGGCCUUGAUUCGUCAAUCCUGCAGUGUACGAGGUAUCUUCACCUCGAAUGCUGGUCUUUCGAGGCCGGACCCCUCUGCUAUCGAGAGAUCAAACGGCGUUCGGGCACCGCGCACGAUGACAUGUUUUAUCUUCCGACAACACGCAAACCUCUUGAUGGGAAAGGAGAGUUUGUGGUGAAGUUUACUCCGGAUUUCGGAUACGAAGAUACCUUCCUCGGCCGAAAUCUCACAGCAGUAUGCUUCUCACCUCUUGAGUACGCGACAUGUGCUAUAGUUCUCGAGUCUAUCCCAGGUCUCACAGUGAGGAUAGGGCUUCUGGCGUUUAUGAGGAUCGAAGACUUGGGUUCACAUGAAUCGCAAACUCCUGAGAACCUGCCCUUUUCUGGGCUUCCAUUCGCUUCGCAGAGGUGUCGUUUCCGUUGGGGAUAG